AUGGUCGAGGAGAUGCUCAUUGCUAGAGUUCACGUACACGUGAAAGUCCUGCAGCGUCACCACCCGGGCUAUCGCGAUAUUGUUGUGAGCCAGAAUCGCCUGCAACGGAUUCCUCUUGAUGGCAGCAUAGUUGCUUCCAUUGCCAGCCAAGUGGCUGACAUACCUGACGGCGAAGUCCCCCAGGGCCCCGUUGAGGAGGUUGUGGAAGAGGACCCAAGCGAUGCCGAUGCAUCAGCGAUCCCGAAUUUGCAGGUCACUGAUACCGAAUUGAAUGCUCUGCAGUCCCGAUUUCUUGAUGGGACCCCUAACCCUGAGCGCAUGACUGAUCUGGAGUAUAUGCCGCGUAGCGCGCAGGCUCACCACCAGAUGCCACUGCCUUCCAUUCGCAGGACCCCUAUCGACGAAUUCAACCGUUCUCAGCCGCUUUUAUCGCUUGCGUUCCCUACCCUCUACCCCGACGGCAAGGCCGACUUCGUGGAGCCUCGCCUACGGAGCAUCACGUACCAGGACUACCUUGCCCACGCGAUGAGAUGGCAUGACGGACGUUUUGCCCGCCAUAAGACGUGGCCUUUCGUCGCCCUCAACACGAUGUUACGUGCGCAGGUCCGAAAGAGAAGUGACUACUUCGUCAAGCAACGCGACAGCCGCCGUCAACCCCUUACACGCGCCGACCUAGAGGAAGCGAUGGCUGGGCCUGACGAGCCGGAGGCUCAGGCGCUGAUCCAGUCAAUCACGCGCCAAGCCGCGGUAAUCAGGGCACCCGGCCAUAUUGCCGAUUACCACUGGGAAUCCCUAUACCGUCAUAUGCCUCGAUUUGACGAGUGGCAAGCAGCUCCUGAGGCGGCGCGGAUGGCUCUAUCCCGGCAACUGCUACGAGACAACGCCCAUAUUGCUGCUUACCACUUCUAUAAACGUUAUACGCUGUUUAGGACUAUUGUCCUGAAGCAGAAGUUCAACCUAACGGACUCUUGGGGCCGCUACGAGUGGGGCGAGCGGAACGAUGGCCAGAUUAACCAUUACAACCGCUUGCUUACCGUUGCGUGGCUAGCCAAUACAGACGUUUCACCCUGCACGAGUCUACAGCAGGUAAUCGAUUACGCGGCCAAAUACUGCUCAAAGUCGGAAAAGAAGAGCGAGUCUUUUGCCCAGAUCGGGAAGGCCCUGAUGCCCCGGGUCAAGGACCACAACCCCCUUAUUUCUUUCACGUCAAAGCUCCUCAAUCAGCUAGUUGCUGAGCGGGAUUACUCGAAGCAGGAGGUCAGCCACUUGCUCCUCGGCCUGCCGUUACAGGAAGGCUCACGAACCUGCCUGUACGUUGACUGCCGUAAUCCUGACAGGCAUUCCCGCUUCCUCCGUAUUGACGGCGAUGAGGUUGAAGAGGCCCCCAACGUUUACGAAAAGUACACUCAACGCCCGGAAGCCCUAGCGGACCUAUGCUAUGUCUCCUUCCUCAAGUGCUGGAAUUUCCGUCCUAGGGACCCUUCCAAGUGGAAGCAAUGGCAGCCAGGCAACGUUAACGGCAGGCCUCGUGUCACCACAGUCAUGGUGAUGACCAUUACGGUCGGCCAAAAGAGGCUCGAUUACAGCCCCAAGAUGAUCAAUAUGAGGCUCUGCCUGUGGAGGAAGAAUUUGACGACGAAGACUGGAUUCGCCUCGCCGCCCUUUUACCUGGGAACCCCCUUACCCAGGAAGAUCUUGACCUUCUUGGCCGCCGCGAUAUCGACGUCAAUUACGACUGGACACGGCAUCCACCCCAUGGCCAACGAUGUGGAGGUCCUUGGCCCUCACUGGCGUAAUACGCUGAAUCCGCAACAACGACUCGUGUACGACACGUUCAUGGGUCACUUCCAGGCGCAAAAUCCUACUCAAAUCCUUCUCCACGUUGAUGGUGGUGGUGGCACCGGCAAGUCGUUCCUUAUCAAGUCCCGCCUACGGCACGUCAAAUACCUCGUGAUCGAUGAAAAGAGCAUGCUGGGGAUUGAGCAGCUCGCGCGGAUCGAUUCCCGUCUGCGACAGGCCUUUUCACAGCGUAGCCUCGAGUUCUUUGGUGGUAUGAGCGUCUUGCUUGUGGGCGAUUUCUUCCAGUUACCACCAGUCCGGCAAAAGCCCCUGUAUUCGACUAGCACCAGCCUGUCUGCGUUGGAAAGGAGAGGGCAUGUGGCCUACCGGUUAUUUGACCGCACCGUCUUCCUGACCACGGUACAGCGCCAGGCUGGUGAUGAUCAGGCCCGGUUCCGUCAGGCGUUGCAGGAACUGCGUGAAGUCAAGUUAUCCAUACCGUCCUGGAACCUCCUUAGCAGUCGGGUACAGGCCAGGCUAACGCAGAGCGAGGUUGACAGCUUCAAGGCCGCUUUGCGGGUGUAUUCUACAAGGGCGCGGGUGGAGGCAAAGAAUCAGGGCAAGGGCGCGGGGCAGGCACCAAGCGACAAUGCUGGCAAUCUAUCUAACAAGUUCCCCAUUGCUAAGGGCGCCAGGGCGCCGAGCCAUGGAAGAUCCCCGGCCGUUAUUAUGGUGGACUUUGAUAGCUACGACGGACCGCCAUAUCUAACAACUAACGAGGGCAGGAAAAUCUCACCCAUCCUCCCAGUCAGGCGAGACUUCCUUGUGGGCAACGAGACCUGCGCUCGCACGCAGUUUCUCAUGGUGGCGUUUGCCAUCACUGUUCACAAAUGCCAGAGCCUAACGAAGGAUCAAAUAGUUACUGAUCUCGCUACACGCGACUUCCAGGCCGGGAUUAGCUAUGUUGCUGUCUCACGGGUUACGUCGCUGCAAGGCUUACUCCUCGAGGCGCCUUUCGAUCGUCAGAGCCUCUAUAACCACACGCCGACGGAAGGGAUGAAGAUGCGCCUCGCUGACCAACAACGGCGUCAGGGUCAACAGCUGACCGACGCACCAUAUACACCACGCUACCUUGACUAA